AAUAUUUUGGAUAGAUCAAAUUCUGUAAAAAUCUUAUACACACAUCGUUUGAAAUUUUGGAUAAAAGGGAAAAGAAUUAAAACACAACACUGACAAAACAUGCCAUAUGGAUCCAACAGAUUUGAUCCUUUUCAAGUGUUUGAGGUAGAACACAUGCCAUGUAUGCUGUUCUACAUCAAGGUUGUCAAGGGUUACAACAUCACAAAAGGCUCCUAUACAAAAGACUGGUUGGAUGUUCCGGACCCCUAUGUUACGGUCAGCAUUAAGACGUCACCACAUGGCACGCAGAAAACCAAACAUGUGGACAAUGACAUCAAUCCAGUUUGGAACGAGACUUUUAAAUUCUACCUCAAUGCUGAAAUUGACAAUGAACUUGAAAUAUCACUAUUUGAUGCCAACUACCUGAUAGACGAGCACCUUUCAACACAAACCAUCAAUUUAUCUGAUCUCCCAGUUUUAAAAGAAAUAGUCAAACAACGGAUAAAAUUCAAUCAGGUAAUUACAGACCAAUUUCUACAGGUUUCACUAAGAGUACUUGCAAGUGCAGAUGCCAAAUAUAGAGUACUAGUAAGUGCGGAUGCCAAAUAUCGAGAACUAGUAAGUGCAGAUGCCAAAUAUAGAGUACUAGUAAGUGCAGAUGCCAAAUAUAGAGUACUAGUAAGUGCAGAUGCCAAAUAUAGAGUACUAGUAAGUGCAGAUGCCAAAUAUAGAGUACUUGUUUGUGCAGAUGCCAAAUAUAGAGUACUAGUAAGUGCAGAUGCCAAAUAUAGAGUACUAGUAAGUGCAGAUGCCAAAUAUAGAGAACUA